UGGUGGGACCGAGCCCAAACGGACUCAUUUACCUUUAGAGGCUGUUUAUCACCUGAGAAAAAAAAACAAAACAGAAAAAAAAAGACACAAAGCGGGGGAAAAUCUCGCCGUUUACGCUUCGGGAGGAAUCCUUGCCUGCUGCCGCUUUAUGGAGACUUAAAUUUACGCACGGCGGAUCUAUGAAGACGCAGACAGGUUUCUCACUCUCAACGCCAGACACCGGGAACAGGGAGUGAUUUCACCCCGCUGCCUGCAGCCCCCAUGCCGGGCAUCAGCUCCACCGCGCCUCGCUAUGAAAGCUGGGACAUGGACCACCUCGACCACUACCAGCAUUAUUUCUACGACGACCACGACCCGGACGAGGAUUUCUUCAAGUCCACUGCGCCCAGCGAGGACAUCUGGAAGAAAUUCGAGCUGGUGCCGACCCCGCCCAUGUCCCCCAUCCGGGCGGUGGAAGGGUCGGGCAGGGUCGGGCUGCUGUGCCCGUCUCUGGGGGAUAAACUGGAGUGGGUCUCUCAGUUCUUGGGGCAGGAGGACGAGCAGCAGCAGCAGCAGCAGGACCUGCCCUGCAGACUGACCACAGCCAACGACUCCUUCGGGAACCUGAGCUCCAUCAUCAUCCAGGACUGCAUGUGGAGCGGCUUCUCGGCCGGACAGCAGCUGGAGAGAGUAGUAGGGGAGCGCUGCGCCUCCUGUCCCGGGACGGCUGCCAAAGUCGUCGCCGGGUCUGCGGUCGCAUCCCCGGGGAGGGCGCAGGGUGCAGCCCCCGCAGACACCUCGGCCCUGAGCGGCUUGGCGGCGGACUGUGUGGACCCGGCUGCGGUGCUCACUUUCCCGUUAACCGGUGGAUGCAAGAAACAAGUGUCCUCCGGUUCUGAGUCACACACCGACUCAUCAGAUGAUGAAGAUGACAAAGAUGAGGAUGAGGAGGAGAUUGAUGUGGUGACGGUGGAGCACAAGCAGCAACGUAAACCUCGUCGUCUGGUCAACACCCGUAAGCCGGUGACCAUAACGGUGCGAGCGGACCCCUUCGACCCUGGCAUGAAGCGUUUCCACAUUUCCAUCCACCAACAGCAGCACAACUACGCUGCCCCCUCCCCGGACACUCUGCCGACGCCGGCCGAGCCGCCGCGCAAGAGAGUCCGGCAGGAGGCCUCCACUCAGGUGACCCAGCCCCACCAGAACUCUCACUACCAGCAGCCCCGGCCCGGCCACGCCCCCCUGAACUUGGACAGCAGAAAGUCUCACGUGACGGCGGCGGGAGUCAGGUCGGAGUCCCCUAACCUCAGCGCCUCGUCUCCUACCUCCUCCUCGUCGCCUUCCUCUCCCCCCUCUUCUUCCUCCUCUUCCUCCUCCCAUCAUCAAAGCUCCCCCUCCAAGCCCCACUCCUUCCACCACCUCUCCAGCCCCCAGUCGUCUGACUGCGAGGACACAGACAAACGCAAGGCGCACAACUUCCUGGAGCGCAAGCGACGGAACGACCUGCGCUCGCGGUUUCUGUCGCUGCGGGACGAGAUCCCGGGCUUAGCGGACUGCCCCAAGACUCCGAAGGUGGCGAUCCUGACCAGGGCCACGGAGUACCUGCAGCAGCUGCAUGCCAGCGAGAGGCAGAAGGCUCAGGAGAGGAAGCAGCUGAAAGCCAGGCAGCUGCAGCUGCUGCAGAGGCUGGCUCAGCUCAAACGGUCCUGAACGACGGGAUCAGCUGUCACCUCACACAUACACUCACAGAGCUGAAUGGGGGCUAUAUGAAGGAGAAAAGACACUAAUGUUCACUCUGAGUUGGUCACAUUGGAAUAGUGCGGGUGGAUUUAAUAUUUUUUUUGUUUCUUAUUUUUGUGGUUUGCACAUUAGCUUCUGAGUGAUUGACAAGGCCGCAAGCCGUCAGGACAGCAAGCUAGGGACUGAUGUUAUGGGGCAUCUUACGGGCAGAUUGAUAUGUCCAUGGUCACUCAGUAUAGGUUUGUCAAACUGUUUUAUCCCCCCUUGUGAAAAAUAUUCCACACUGUUGCUUGCUACAGGAAGGCCUGCCGUGAAUGCAGCAGUGUUUAUUUGAUAAACUGCUUCAACUGUGCUGUUAACGGCUGUACUGGUCUCCUUGAUUGUGAUAGGGCUUGUUGUGCUUGCACAGCUGUGAUGUCUCCCCUGAAGUUUCUUUGUAGACCCCCCCCUGCAAAGUUAAUCUCUUUUAUGGUCCUCUGCUGCUUAGUGCUUGGCACACAACUUGUAAAUUUCAAGUUGAGCCUUUUUUCCCAUGCUCUGUUUUAUUUCUCUUUAUUUCCUGUCAUUAUCUCACAAUAGCUGUACUCUUCUCUGUUUGUUCCUAUUCUUUUCUUUGCUCCUUUUCCUCAUCAGUAGAGUUUCUAGCUUCAUUCAUGCUCAAGACUUUCAAGAGUAAUGUUGCAGCUGAAAGGAUAUAGUGUCACUCUGCAUAUCAGGAACAGACGAGGUUAAAUCUUCAACCUCUGUGCCUGCAGGCUCCACUGGUAACUUCAGCAUUUCCUUCUUGCAUCACAAAUGUUUGGAGAGCAGCCUCAUGUCCACAAUAACAGCCUGUUUUUGUAGAAUUAUUUGGAGAAAAUAAUACGUUGCCAUGCAGACAUUGUUUGAGAUUCAUCCGAUUUUCACAAAAAAAAAACUAUCUGCGAAAACCCUAUUGAAGACUUUAUUAUUGUUGUGCCAUGGAGACCAGCCAAAAGGUGAAUGUCGGCUUCAGUUAAUUACCUAAAAAGAAACUUUUCAAGAAUGGCUUAAAUUUAAUCUGUGUCUGAGUAACAUCAAAAACGCCAUCUUUUUGCUUGGAGAUGAAGCCCACUGAGUUCCAACUGUAUAUUUGUUUCAUCUUGCUGUCUGAUAUAUUUGUUUUUUUUUUUUGUUGAUGUAAUGCCUUUAGAAGCCUUUCAAUGUAUGUAGACUAUCCAGUUGGAUGUUAUGUAUAUAGGACCCUUACUGUACAGUCCCUUCCAAACCAAAACCAGAGCUGUCUACUAUACUCAUCCUAGUUUUUGUUCGGGCCCUGCAUCCUAAACCGGGGCCAAGCUUGCUGGCUUUUCAAAGAUAACUCAAAGCUUAUAUUUUUGUUAAUAAAAUGAUUAUGAAAAGAGUCAAAAUAAAACACUUUGAACAUCGAUCACACUAGCCACUUUGUCACAAUGUUUUUUUUUCUUUUUUUGCAAAGCCUACUUGUUUUCUUUUACUGCUCAUUACUUUUUUGUCUCUGGGGUUUCUUUAUUUGUACAAGUCAGAGUCGACAAAAAUUUUAUACUAUAUUUUCCUACCGAGUUGUCUUUCAGUGUGAGCUAAUGAGUGUUUUCGUUACUGUAGCUGGCAGCGCUUCAUUGGUGGUUGUGUGCUGAAAAUUGGUACGUGUGCUCUGCUUUCUCUCUCUGGAGUGGGAAGCACCUGAAUGCUCCUGUAUUUAAUCCAGUCACUGUAGCUGUAGCACUCUUAGAUGUGGUGUGGAGGAGGGUGGGGACUUAAGAGGAUCUACUGAUUAAACUUCUGGUUGUGUGUAGCCUUUAGUGACCUUAAUGUUAAUGCUUUCUUUUUGUUUCUUUUUUUUGCAAGCCCGGUGCUGCCUAUUGCCCCAUAAGCCAUGUGACAGACCACACUGUAGCCCUGGAUCUAGUACUGUAAAUGAUUCUAUCAUGACGAGUAGCAUGCCCUGCUUUAAAAGCACUCAGGAAAAUCCAUGCAGCCCGUAGCUCUUGUGAUAGGGCCAUAGGCUGCGCUUGAGAAAAAUGCCCGCCAUUAUAAUAUGCUGUAUGUAUAAAAUAACCUCAGAAGCCACUUCAGACAUGGAAAAUAGAGCAAUGCGUCAGAGGAGUCCUGAUGGAUAGGGUUGACUAAAUACUUAAAGAUAUCAUUAAUGUUUUCCUUCUUCCUUCCUCAAAAAUGCUAAUUAAUUCAGCACAAACCACCAACAGCCCUGAUUGGAAUUUAGUUUUUUUUGCCCAAAUAUGGUGCACCCACAGCAGUGGAUUGCACUGAUCUUUGACUUGUAUUGGUCACUGGUCUCUGCUGUGGCACGGUCAUAGCAGCAGUGGACGUUGCUUACUUACUUGGUGAGUUCAACAAUGGUGAUUUUUGGAGCCUUGUCUCAGCACUUUGUUUUUUUUUCUGUACCUCAUAAGCCUCUAUGUAUGAAGAGUAAGUCAGAAAAAAUAAUAAAUUUCAUGGUUUGACAUCAA